GUCGUCACCUGUUUUUCACUUUUCACGUUGCAGUUUGCAAGUUCAUUAUUUCAGUGAUAUUUAGUUUAUUUUCUAAGUAUUGGUUGCGUUUAUAAAAGAAAACAUUGUAAGCUGAAGUAGCUCCGAUAAUAUACACUCUUCCGUUUCAAUCUGGUGAAAGUUCAAUUGUUUACCUAAACAGUUUGGUCUAUUUUCCCCUCAAAAGCCUAGGUACUGGGCUUAAGAGCUUCUGUCCGUUCCUACACUUAUGUGUAAAAAGUUGCACAGGUCUUUUUAUCUUAAGUUGAAUUGUGAAAGUAUUGCAAAUCUCAACCAUGCGCGAAGAAAUAUCAGCAGCAGUCAUAUUUUUAGCUCGAUUGUUAGAGAAAGGCGAAAACUUUAACCCGAGGCAGUUGGAAGAGUUUAAGGCACGUCUUUCAGAACUCUUAAUAGAACGCUUUGAAAAUCAUUGGUUCCCUGACUUGCCUCAAAAAGGGCAAGGUUAUCGUUGUAUUCGAGUCAAUGAACAUUCUAGGCAUGACGUAUCUUUGGAGAAGGCUGCUAGGGCUUGUGGGAUAAAGUAUGAAGACAUGAAGCUACCGGUUGAACUCACCAUAUGGGUUGAUCCAAAUGAAGUUUGUUGCAGGUUUGGCGAGAACAAAGGUUCGUACUGUACAUUGGCGUCAUUUAAUGACAAAGAGAACCUGAUUGAGGUGAGUGAAGAGAUCAAGGAGUUGUUGGACGGAGAUAUAAAAGACAUUGUGACACCAAGUGAGAAACCGGAGUCACCGGUGCCGACAGAGCCCAAAGUAGAGGACAAGGAGGAGAAGAAGACUGUGGAGACUGUCACAGCCGAGACUCCUGUCAAAGACACCAAGCCACAGACAACUCCGUUGGCGACCAACAACUCACGUCAGUCUCAGCAACAUCAUCAGCAUCACCACAAUAACAACCGUAAAUGGGUGCAGACCAGUCCUAAACAGAAGUCUGGUGUGAGGCGGGGUGGUUACCCUCCACACCCCCACCACGCUCCAUGGUACAACAUCAUCUCUCCUCACUGGAUGUCUCCUUCCCCCCCGCCGUACCAUCCUAUGUUGCGUCGUCAGGGAGCCCCGCUGCCACCCCACCCUCGCUACCAUUGGCCCAACAAGUCUAUGCUCAAGGUUUAAUCUCUACUAUUCGACAUAUAAGUGUACACCUCUUUAAAAUCACCGUGUCUUCAGGAAUGAGUUUUGAUAGUUUUGCCUCCUCUCUUAUUUAGAUUUGUGGAAAUCAUUAUGUUUUUCUUUUCAGUGUUUACGUAUUAAUAAACAGAAAAAUGUGAUUUUAAAGAGCAUUUUUAGCUGUAGGCAAAUAGGAUUAACUCACUGCCAGCGAGAUAACAUGUAAGGUCGUCUGCAAUGCUUUUCCAUUCUUUGUCAUCCCCCCCCCCUGAUUGUACAUAGUAGUUUAGGAUUCGUACUUACGGCAGUAGUUGUUUCUUAGGCAUUUCGUGACUGCACAAAAUUGUGUGAUAACCUCAAGAGUAGUGCCACUAGAAUCGAGAUGAAGCUUAAUGUUAAUAUGAUACCUGUGAUAAUUUUUCUCUCAUACUCUUUUUAGAUACAAGUCCUAUUUUCCCUUUCAGAAUCCUGUUUUACUACUAACGGGAUUGAUAAAAAUGCCAGUUACUACUUUUGCAGUUACAAUCGGUUUUUAAUGUUCAGCGCAAUAUAUUUCAGAUGUAUAAAACUGUUUUGCUCAAAGUUAGAUAAAAACACACAGGCUGGAGUGUUACCUAGAUACUGUAAGAAGUUUGCUGGGUAGAAGAACAUUUGGAGUUAGAUAUAACAUCGUUAGUACCCUAAGAAACUUUAGUAAAAUUCCUUACGCAAUAUUUUAUAUUUAAUCAUCAUAAAUCAUCAGUUUAGGUAUUUCAUACCUACAAAUGUGUUGCUAGUAUUUAGUGGAUUCCAUAGCAUAUGCAUUGAUGUUUAGGAUUUAAUUUGAUCAUUCGUUCUCAAAUAAUCAGGAAAUAAUGUUAUUUACUCUUCAUUUAAGAAUUGUUGUUCUGAUUUUUUAUGUUAUAUCAUUAUUGUGUUAAUAAAUAAGUAAUUACCUAAGAUGGAUUUAGUACUUGUAUCAGUAAACAGGACUUGAUCUCUAGUAGUGUUCUUUGUUAGCGUUUCUUGACUAUUGCAGAUGGAACCUAUUUGCCUACGACUCAUUCCAUCCACGUCGCUUAUUAUUGCUAUGUACUCGUGUUUCUAGUUGCAAGGCUUAAGCUACGAAUUUGUGAAAUUCCCAUUUUUCUGCAAUGCAAUGUAACAUAGAAGAUGGUGUUAUCCUGAUUUAGAUUAUACAAUAAAUGUGCAUUUACCUGCAGAUGAAAUUGAUGUUUCUGAAAUUUUUGUCUUAAAUUUAGUCAACUCUAUUUGAGUCCUAUUUGUUGUAAAGGAAAUUAGCCUAAAUUGCUUCUUUAGUCGUUUUAAGAAUUUUAGUUAUGUAUGAUUUAUGGUAUUAUUGGAUUUUGUUAUGUUCACAUAGUUUUUAUAGUUGUUUUGGUAGUAAGAUUUAUCUUAACUUUUUAAUGGAUAAUGUUCAAUUUUGCUGAGUUUGAUAUUGUUUAUGGAUUUGGGUUUAUGUUGGCAUGUUAGUCAAUUUAGCUGUUCUACAUUCAUUAUCUAAGGUUUACAUCAACACCUCAACUUGGGUUGGAUUUUUUGUUUCCCUUAAUAUUACUUUUUGCGCAAUAUUUUAUUUUAGUUUGUUAAGAUAAAAAAGUUCUUAAAAGUUUUGAUCUCAUUUUUAAAAGUUUAAAUCAGUGGAAUUGCUUUUGCUAUAUGAUCACCUUAAGUUGGGACAAAGAUGUAAACUGCCUCUUGGAAGAACUAUUUGCUAGGACUCAGAACCAAUUGUAAAUAGGUUUUAACGUGUAAAAUAGUAAAAUAUUUGUUAAUAAUGUCCAUUUAAAAAUCAAAUGUGUCCUUGGAUUUUAAAUAAAUAUAAGUUGUACUGAUUUCUUGCUGUAAAUAAAUUGUUUGGUCAAAAGAUAUACAAGAUGUCUAUAAACUGGAUGGAUUGAUCUAAAAGAAAAAAUUGUUUAAGGUCAUGUUGCGAUGAGAUAUUCUGCUAAAUUGAUGGUUGAGUUUGGGAGUUUUGUUUGUUUUCUUGCUGUUAAAUUUGGUCGAUAUCAUAAAACAUAACUUAAUUCAGGAAUUUUUAUGUUUCCCAAUUUAAAAAAUAUAUUCAUCUUGUAAAUAAUAUAUUUUUAAGAUGACUAGAGGUUACCGUUUGGUUGAAAACUCUUUUUUCUUUAUAAUUUUUAUAGGACAGUUUUAAUAAAAGUUUGAUAUGGUGAUUGUUUGUAAAUAUUUUUAUUUCAGGCUGAAAACUUUUGAUAGCAAACAAACGCUUUAAACUCAAAACUAUGCUGUUGAGCAGAAUUGACGGUCAUGUUGCGGUAGAAUUCUUUAUUAGCCAUUGACAUUGUAUAUAAUAUAUGUGUCAGCAAUGGUCAAUGAACCAACAAUUAACAAUAGCAAACAAGUCACAAAAACAGCACAAAUAAACUUAUAAUAAAACACAAUGUUCUUUUCUUUAAGAAAAUCUUGAUGUAUUUUAUGAUUUUAAAUUAAAUUAUUUAUCUCCAAUUUGACUAUACUUACUGUAUGUAAAAGUAAUUUAAAAAAAGGAAAUUUCCAUGAAAAAAGUAAAGUCUAAAGUGUGUGUACCCUUUCUGGAGUAAUUGAAGUGACUCCCUUUUAAUAGGCUUAAAUAGCUCACUUUUUAUUUAAGACCAAUUAAAUUUACUUAUUCUGCAAUGCUACUUUGAUCAAAAUGUUGUAGACAUAAAGAAUUAAACCUUUGAUAAAUUGGCAAUGAUUUUCACAGAGGCGCAACCUAUUGUACAAAUCCAUCCAGUGUAUAGACAUUGGAUACAAUAUAGCUUUUACAAGUUUUAAAUUUCACCAUAUUAUUAUUUGUGGUAUAAAUAUUGUAUAAACAAUAUUAUUGUAUGUUAAGAUUACGUAUACUUUGAUUGCAUCAUUAUGAUGGUUUUUAAUAUAUUGGUAUAUUGUAUGACGAGUUUUCUUGUCUCGUCACAAAGUAUUAUUUUCUCGUCUGAGCGUUGAACGCAGACACAGUGUUGCUUAUUGACAUAACAUAAUGUAAGUUUUGUUUUCUGCAGAGGUUUGUCAUUUUAAAUGAUAAUAGUUGACUUUGCUGUUCAAUGUGAAUAAAACAAAUUUAGAGGGGAUUGAAAAACAUAUACUUCUUUGUAAUUGCUGUUUCAAGUUGAAAAUUACAUACUUUUUUUAUUUAGGAUCGAAUACCAAGUUAAAAUUUGUCACUAGGCCAUAAAGAUGCUCUUUACGAGACAAUUUCAACUGUAACGUUGAAAAAUUAUGUGUAGCCGAGGCUAGAAAAUUAGCGAGUAGAAAAGGCUUUGGUUGUGUGACAAACUAUAUUUUUUCCUUACUGAAUCAUUCUUUCAGCUAACUAAUUCACAACUAAUUUUGUUUAACUAGUUUCCUAAUUAAACACUUUUGUUUUGCUGCAUAAACAAACAGAAUCUGAUGUUCACAAUUCAUUCAGUUAUUUGGCCUGUUUUGGUGGAAAAUGAACACAAAUUUAUUUCAAUGCCAAUAUGAUAAUACAUUUAUAAUCGAAAGUAUUUUCUUUAUCAAAAUCAGUUUAGACAAAGUUUACAAAUGAGGAAAAAUUUACAUCUGAUUUCCUGGACUCCAGCCAUAGCCUCCUCUGAUACAGGGCCGCGGUGAGACACAAGUGGCAAUGCUGCAGAUCCGGCAUACUGAAACAGCUGUUAUAUUAAUUCAUAAUGGAGCGAUACACAAUGUUUUUGUUUACAAGUUUGUUAUUACCAUGGCGAUAGGCAUGCUGGUGCGUUGCCACACACCAACGCGCAGCUAUGUAUUAGAGGAGGCUAUGCUUCAGCCAAUUAUUUUUCACUAUCACAAGUUAAAAAACAGCUGUUUUGCAGUGUGACCUAGUACUUAUGCUAAUAACAUUGGAAGGGAUUAAAAUACACAGUUAUUACGUUUCUAUCCCCUCAAAACACACAUACAGGUCAAAAUUAAAGGUCAAAACUAACAUUUAAAGGCAUAACUCUUUUUACACUUUAAUUAGGAUCUGAAAUGUGUUGAUUUGAAAAAAAUAAAAAUAAUUUUACUAAAUGCCAUGUAAUUAAAUUUCUGAAAGGUAACUUACAUUAUGACCUUAAGGAUUACUUGUUUAUAAGUUAAAACCUUUUAUUUAUACAUAAAAAAAUCAUUUUUCUACGUUAAAUGUAGUAUAGAUUUUUAGUAGUGUCUCAAGAACACGUUAAAAUAGUUUGAUUUCGUAGUUAUCGUCGAUUUUCGUAUUUUUAACCUAAGGCAAUUUAAUUCGUUUUUAAAUAUUUUAAGAAAUUGUUUUAUUUUUUCCUUUUUGAACAUAUGUGUUUCUUAUAAAAAAUAAGUAAAAGUUUUAUUUGACAGAUUUGCUAACAAGACCCAUGUGCUACAAACCUCUGCGGAAACAAUAAAAAUAUUUAUCUCACAUGCACUUUCCGCAAUUUUGGAUUGUUGUGGUGAUGCUGCCACUUUCUUGACCACUUCCUUACUGCAAUUCCAUAUUAUUAUGCAUGGCUCUUUUAAUUUGCUUUUACAAAGGUGUAUAAUCAUUUAUUUACAAGUCAUACAGUUAAUGGUUAUCACGUUUCUUUAUGGGGUAAGAUUCAUUUUAAAUUGUAUAUACGCAUUAUUGUAAUAUUUAAUGUAUUAAGUCUAGUAUAUUAUGAGACGAAGGCAAUCUUAGAUUAUCUAGGGCUGUUGAUGGAUAUUUCUCCGCUUGGACAAGCGGAGCGAUGUUGUUGUCGAAGGUGGUCAUCGUUGGCGCACAGUGUUGUCGACUCGGUUGAUAUCACUUGUGUGGUGGACGGGAGGAGUCAAGUUUAUAAGUGGUGGUUUUAUUUACUCCAAACGUUUUUAGAACUGUUUUUGAUACUUCAAAAAGGCUUAGGCGAGUUGUUUAUUUCUCACUUUUUACUAGGUACAUCCGUGAGUAAUUUUUUGAGUUUAUUAAUUUUUUAUAUGGGUGGAAAUUCUUCUGUUAGUCAUCUUUAUUUGGUUUGGUAUUAUCUUACGGUUAAUGUUGAUGUUUUUAAUACAUUUUCCUAGUUAUGAUAUUAUAGUUAAUUGAUUUGCAUCUUAAUUUUAUAAUUUCUAUUGUUAUUUGGAGAUUUUCAUUGUAUUGUUGUGGUGCGAAGUAAUCAAAAGGUGCCUGACUGAAAUUCUAAUUUUUUACAUCACAAACUCAAGCACAUGUUGAUAGUUGAGGUUAUCUGCUAUCGGUCUGUAGGCUAUCAAAUUUCUCCUUUUUGCUUAACAAGGAAAUUUAAUAAUUGUAGGCACGCUUGUAAAAUAGAUUGGCUUAGUUAUUCUUCUCUCGCUUUGUCUAAUAGUAAUGUACGUGCAGAGGAAUUAUUUGUAUUUUGAAUUAUAGGAAAAUCUAUUGGGAUCAAAUUAAUUUUUUUAGUUACUAGUGCAAUGAUGUGUCGGCUGAUUUUAGACUCAAGUUUAUUGUCCUCCCCUGCUAGUUUGCCUUCAGAUUGUUUAGUGAUAGAUUAGCUUAGAUUUAUCUUUAAGAUUGCCCGAGCACAAAUGUUUUCCUAAUGUUUGUAGAAGAGAAACUGUGAUAUAAUUUCUAUUUAAUAUACUUUAAUGUGUUUUCCUAUCGAGUAGAGAGAAAGUUACCAGUUAAAUACUAUUGGCCACCGGACUCCGAGCUAGGUGUCGUGUGACUUAAGAUUGCUAUUGAUGUCACUACGAUUUUUAACACAAAAAUAGUUCUAUUUUUGUACUUUCUUACCAAAUAGAAAAAUCUUAUAAUUUUUAUGUUAUAGAAAAUGUAAUCGUUUUAAUGUAAUUUAGGAUCGGAGAGAGAUAAUUUAUUAGAUUUUAAUAUAUUAAAUGAUUACAAUAAAUGCUGUAAUUUAUAUAAAGCCAGUCUUUUUUAUUUAUCUUUAUUACUUACAUGUGGUCAAAUAGCUGUUGUAUUGGUUCUGUCUUUACCAACACUUUAUGUAAUUGACUAACUGUUAUUAUAUUGGUGUAGUAGAUGAAUAAUAAUUAUUAGUUUUGCAUCAUAA